CAGAGUGUGCUUCGUGUUUCAAGUGCACCGCGGAAAAAGUUGAUAAAAGGUCUUCACAAUUGAUGUACUAAUUGAGAAAAUGUGUAUAUUAAAUUGCAAAUUGCAUUUGUGUGUCACAUAAAUCAAAAGUAAUGUGAUAAAGUGUGUCUUAGGAAAUGAUUGAGACCUUUCGCACUACGUUGGAGAUAGUAAGCAGAAUAGCGGCAGAGAUUUUAGUCGGAGCAGCAAGCGUCGCUGACGAUUAUUUCUGGUAGCAGCAAACAGCAACAUCUGUGAGGGGAGGGGAGGAGAGUUUUCGUCGACGGAACUUGCAGCACCAGAGCUUCCUUAAAUGCAACAACAACAACAAAAGCAGCAGCAACAAUGGAAUGCCCGCAAAUUGAUUUGUAUGAAUUCCUAACCGAAGCGGAGCUGCAACAUUAUUACAAUGCAAUCAAACACGAACUGAAAAUUACAAAUGCUGCCCACGUGAAAUAUGCAACUGAUGAAGACCUAAAACACAUUGGGCUGUCGCGUCCGGAAAUACGCAGGCUCCGUAAAUUUUAUGAAAAACACUUUCCACAUGGCUAUUUGAGCAAAAUUAAGCGCUUACUACAGGCGCCGGCCACGAUCGUCAAGCGUGACGGUAGUGAAGGCAAUUCAACGCUUUCAAAUGCGUCAUUGCAUAGCGCGACGGAGUCGCCUUCAACUGCGCAUACAGCCAGUUCGCCCAGCAAGGCGCCGAAUAAUAAGCACAUCAUACCAGCCGAUUCUAUAACGGUGAAUAAGCAAUUGGGCACUGGCGAAUUCGGCAUUGUGCAACAGGGCGUUUGGACCAAUGGCACAGAUAGAAUACAAGUGGCUAUUAAGUGCUUAUGCCGCGAGCGCAUGCAAUCGAAUCCCAUGGAAUUUCUCAAAGAAGCUGCCAUAAUGCACUCGAUUGAGCAUGAGAAUAUUGUGCGUUUGUAUGGUGUUGUAUUGGCUUCGGACUCAUUGAUGUUGGUCACGGAGUUGGCACAUUUGCGUUCGCUACUCGAAUGUUUGAAAGAUCCUGGUUUGCGCAUCAGCUUUCUUACAAUUCCAACGCUUUGUGAAUUUGCAAUACAAAUCUGUAACGGUAUGCGUUAUUUGGAAAAUAAACGACUGAUACACAGAGACUUGGCGGCCCGCAAUAUUUUAGUCUUCAGCAAAGAUAAGGUAAAAAUUUCCGAUUUUGGACUGUCACGUGCGUUAGGUGUUGGCAAGGAUUAUUAUAAAACUAAUUUUAAUAUCAACUUAAAGCUUCCCAUCGCCUGGUGCGCACCGGAAUGCAUAAACUAUUUGCGUUUCACCAACUCUUCCGACGCGUGGGCCUUUGGAGUUUGCCUUUGGGAAAUGUUUUCUUAUGGAUUUCAACCUUGGGCAGCACUUACUGGGUUGCAAAUACUUGAAGCAAUAGAUGCACCAAAUUAUCAGCGGCUCGAGCAACCGGAUUGCUGCCCUCAGGAGUAUUAUACGCUCAUGAUGAAAUGCUGGCAGGAUGACCCUGCCAAACGUCCUAAGUUCAGCGAGAUUUACGAGAUGCUGCCCGAUAUGAAACCUGAGCAAUUAAAAGCGGUUGUGCAUUGCUUGGAGCCUAAAAAGGAUCAUUUAUUGUAUCGGCAGGGCGAUAUCAUAACCGUACUUGAUCGUAAUACGGGCACACCCUUCUGGAAGGGUGUCCUUACAUCUGGCAAGACGGGGUUUUUCAAUCCAUCAAAUACUGUUGCGUAUUUAGAGGGAUUACCGACGGCUAACAGAGAUUCAUUUUGCCGCACCACUGAACGAAUUAGCAAGCGAAAAUUGCGCACGGAAAUGAUUUCAAAGCCACAAAACGAUUUUAAACACACUGGGCAUGUUGGCAUUGAUGGUGACUCAUUUGGCGACAUCGCUUUCCUAGGCAAUUCCCAAAAUUAUAAUCACGUUCCAAGACAAAUUGUCACACCUUACAAGCCAUCGGAGGAUAUCGAACAAACGCCGCUUUUAUUGCCACCAACACCAACCAGUCCGGAUUCAUUACAAACCGCCAGUGGCUACUUCGCCGAUGAGGGCCAUGGCACUUCAAUGAAUCCCACAUUUAUAUCUUCAACUGAAAAUACACCCAAACAUUUCAACACCGGUAAUGGGGCACAGCCGUCUUUUGACUUUCCUGGCCAGCAAUCACAACCAAAAUCGUUCACUAAUCCCUUUACACAUAAAAACCAUGGUGAAGUUUUGGUGGGUAGCUCAUACGCCAUGCAAAAUAACAACUAUGGUCUGGAUAGUCAAAGCUUUCAAGACGAGAUAGCUGCGGCCGGAGCAGCGCAAUGGCGAGAAGUAGGAAAGAAUGGCGGCAGCAGCGAGGAUCAACACGAAUACCAUGAGAUCUCUGAUGAUGAAAUCACAGCUGAUAAGUUAGACUUUGGCCCUUCGCUGUUGGACGAAAUAAAUUCGAUGUUUGGCUCAAUGAGUGCCAGCGCCAGCGCCAGCGUGGCACAACCAAAGCCAUCUGAUAUCGAGCAUACGAACAAAAAGAACGAAUUCGUGGAAAUCACAUCGAAAUUGGUGGGCAAGAGUGGAAGUUCGGGCGAUACUAAUGGCAACAAGUUUGGUACUUCCUCCAAAAAGAAGUCAGCAGGCACUGUGAAACCCAUAUCUGUAAAAGACGAACGCAUACUGAAUCAAGCAAUUGAAAUCGCAAAUGAAAUUAGUGCGAGAUCCAUGAACGAUUUAGUUUCCGAGCCAACUUCCAGCACUCAAAGUCCAAAACGUAAAUUCAGUUUCCGUUUUCCGCACUUGACGAGCAGUGGUGGUAGUGCAAGUGACAAAGCGUCAGCAAGUAAUGGAAGCUCAACUGCAGGUGGGAGUGCGAGCGCUAAUGCUGCCGUUCAAAAAUCUUUGUCGCCAUACUCGAAAAAAAAGAAUUUCACCGAGGAACUGGAGAGCAUACCCGACUUGCAGGCCAUUAUCGGCGCAGAAGGUCGUGAAGCUUACAACAGUCUAAUCGAGCGGAAGUCUUCACUGGGUAUCGGCGUUGAUAUGGGUCUCAGUCCCGCCGCGACCUUGUUACGGCAUCUCGACACGAACGAAUUUGAGUUGACUACCGCUAAAACGUUACCACGACGUUCCAUGCAUCUGCAAGAGCGCACCGAACCGAAGCGCAACGUUAUUUGCCGUGACAAUGGAGAUCCGAUUGUAGUGCCGCUGCACCAUGCGCCACGUCCAAUGACAUUGCCAACGCGUGGCGCCGCUGGACGCGCUAAAAAGUUGGAUUGUUUACCUGGCGGAAGUACGGCUAAUAUCAGCGCCGCUGAUGAGUCCGCGGAACAAAGUGCAACAACGCCAACAUGCAAUGGCGAUGCCAACGAUGGUUCUUCGCCCUGUGAAAGUCCAAGCUACAUGACGAAUACUUUUUAUAAAUUCCCGGAAGGUGCCAAACCAGGCACAACAACAAGCACGCCAACGAGCGAAACAACGAAUCCGAUCCCUUUGCCGCCGCGCGAUGGUAAAAAACACAUUAAGACAAAUGCAAAGCGGCACGUUCGCAAAUAUCCACUGAUUAUACCAGUGAAUGGCUUGCAGCGAACGCUCAACAUGGUGACGGAGACGACGCCCACAGAGGAUGGUUUGAAACCAGUUGCAGCGCUGACACUUAGUAAUGGUGUGGUGCAACGUGUGCUUGCAGUGCCACAGACUCAGUCACAGUCAGAGUCACAAAUGCAAUCACAGUCACAGGCACAAUCGCAGUCACAGCCACAGUCACAAAUGCAAUCACAGUCGCGGUCACAGUCGCACGCAAAGACGGCUACGGGAGCUGUGACAGUUUCAAAAGGAUCAACGCAGCGUGAGCCACAAGGGCACACUUAUCAAAAUUUGGACAAAGGGAGCGCGGAGAGCGCGGGCACCAACGCAACCGACUCCGCGUCACUGCAAUUCGAAUCCAUACUGGAAGCGGACUAUGACAAGAGCAAUGUACUGCAGUCACCUGACGUUACUGAUGGUUUCUACAAUUUUUCCAUACAAAAGGAACAAUACAACAAAGGCAAAGCAGUCGACUUCGAUGCGAAUAAAAUUUCCGGUUUAUAUGUGAAUGAGGACGAGCUGCGCAAUAUGGACAUUGAAAGGAAUCUCAAGUUAAAACAGGCCGCAGUAGCCAAAAUGCCCGUCACGACCGUUACUACUGCUACUGCUACAACUACAAAAACACAAGCAGCGGUACAAAAUUCGGAGGAUGCGGCCGCUGUUUCGGUAACAACAGCAGCAGUAGCAACAAUAGCAGAAGUAGCAACGACAACAGCAGUAGGAGCAACAAAAACAGUAGAAGCAACAACAACAACAGCGGUAGCAGAAAAAGCAACAGAAGUAGCAACGACAACAACAGCAGUGAUAACAACAACAGCAGAAGCAACAAUAACAACAGUAGCAACAACAACAGCGUCAACAACAACAACAACAAUAUUAACAGGGUCAGUAAAAACAACAGCUUCUGUUGUAUCUCCUGUGCCCACGGCAAAUGCAAUAGUUGUCAGUGCACCGCAGUGCGAAACCGCCGCUGCACCAAAAGUGUCCGCCGAACCUGCAGUUAUCAGGGAGAAGCACGGCAGGAGUUGUCUUACUGCCGAUAACGAAUUGGCGGGCAAUGCUCUCUUCAAGAAGGUACGCGAAUCCGUUGACUUAGCUAUGGAUAAAAAAGCAUCCAGCUCUACCACUUUAGCCAAUGCUAGUAGCAGCAGCAACGUCACUGCGCCGCAUAAGGUUGCGCGUUCAGUGUCAAGUGUGGCAACGACACGCCCUCAAACCGAGGCGGAAUACUUUGCAGCAGCCACUGCUCGUCUAAAGGACUCGAACUCUGUGAGCUGCGAAGAUCUGCUGGAAUUCUCCAACAUGAAACCGAAGGGUUGUGAACGUGGCGUGGACUCCGAUGAGGUUCGCAUCAUGGUGAAAGUGCUUGGAAAAGAUAACGUCCAACCAACACGCUGCCUGCAAUCACUCGAGUUCAUCGGUUGGGAUGUACACAAAGCGAUUAAAAUUAUCAAACUGCAGAAUAUUUUGCCUGCAAAAGAACUGAGUUUCGCCGAUUCGAUGGAGGCGUUGCAGAAAUACGAGUGGGAUUUGCAUACAACUGCGCUCAAAAUGAAAUUCAGCAAACGCUAAAUCCCACGGCCUACCAGAACUAAUCGGCAUGAGCAACAAAUUUUAUUUAAAUACUAAGAUUUUUUACUAUUCAUAUAUAUUCGGGACUACUAAAAAUUGAUUGUGAUUACUUUUUGCUCGAAAAACCACUUUUUUGGUUAAUUUUUUGGUUAAUUUUUUAUACGAGUUGUAAUAGCAACGAAAUUGAAAAUUUUAAGAAAAAGUUCAAGAUUGUUAAAGGAAAAACCUGCGAAUGCGCAACGCGUCUACACCUUCAAUGGAAAUCGCAUCUAUACCUUUAAUGAAUCGCGUCAUUCAACAUUUAAAUUAAUUUGUGUGCACCAAGAAAAAAAGAAAAACAAACAAAAAAUAAUAAUUAAUUUUUUAAUCAAAAGUCUGUCAGUGCCUUUUCGCUUUCAAGCGACGCUGAAUCAUCUCAGAUGAUGCCACCGCGAAUCAUAAAUUAAAAAUAAAGAAGAAUAUUAAGAAAACAUCUGCGAGUGUGCCUUGGAAUAUUUGCGCAAAAUAUUUAAAUAAUAUACUCGUACAUACAAACAUACAAUACAUACAAUAUUUAUGUAUGCCAUUGUGCCACAUCUCGACUGCAAGUGUGUAUCUCAUCAAAAGUACUUAUAGCAUUCGCAUGCAUCGCAUUUCACCAUGAAUAAUGUCGACGCGACUUUAUCUACAGAAAUAUAUGUAUAUCUUUACUUUAAAUUUAACUACGUAUAUAUGCAUGUAUAUUUACAUAUAACUGUUUUAACUAAAUAUUUUAUAUAUUUUAAACAUUUUGUUUGUAAUUCCUCUGCUCGCCUUUGUUUCGCGUAGCACGCAUUUAGUUAAUUAAGUGUAAAAUUUAUUGUAAUACAUAUCUACAAUAAUACAUACUAUAUGUAUACAUGCGCGUGCAUAUAUUUACAUUCAAUAUGUAAACAUGACAUACAUACAUAUAUUUCACAAAAAGUCUUAAUAUUAAAUAUUAAUGUCAAUCCAGAAAAAUAUUUCGAAUACUCUGCAUUUGUAAUACAAAUUUUUAUUCAAUAUACAUAUUUACAACAUUAUAAAUACAUACAUACAUACAUAUAUUACAUAUAUAAGUAUAUAAACUUCUUUACAUCUUUAUAUGAGCAAUUACAUACCUACCUUUAUACACAAAAAUAUAAACUUUUCUGUUCUAACGUCU